CGGUCGGUGCCUCCGUCCUUGGUAGCCAUCACCAUCCACGCCAAGCCCGGCGCCAAAUCCGCCUCCAUCACAGAUAUCAGUGACGAGGCAGUAGGAGUUCAGAUCGAUGCCCCUGCCAAGGACGGGGAAGCUAACGCAGCUCUACUCGAUUACAUCAGCUCUGUAAGCUACAACUCAUUAUAUCUCGAAUCUUUUUUAAUAAAGUUUGGAACUUUCUUAGAAUUGGGGAGAUGGGUUUUGUAGAGUGAGAAGGAAUACUGUUCUGGGUCAUAUGAAUUUGACAUGGUUGUUCUGAAUUGUCUUCAUCUGUGAGAUACUCUUUCGAUGAAUAGUUCCACAAUUGACAAUCGUAAGCAUUCUUUUAGCUGGUAAAAUUAAUGGCCCAGUGGUUUCUGUUGGUUGGAGUUAUGUUCUGGUCUGGAUAGGGAUUUGCCUGUGAAAAGCACACAUUGAGCUGAUUUUGGUUGGAGAGAAUAGAGGUCACUCUUGGAUCAAAUCAUGGUAUAUCAUCAGAUCACUUUUGAUUUGCUUGC